CCCACUCCGGGCCACCGCGGCUGCGCAGCGAGGCUCCCGGUGGCGGCAACAUGGCGGCCGCCAUAGCGUGGCUGAGGGGGCGCGCCUGGGGCCCGGCCCGGCGGUGCGGGCUGGCGGGCGGCCGGAGCUACAGCGGCGGCGGCGCCUACCCCAGCGUGUCGCUGACCUGCCCGCUGCCCGGCGUGCCCAAGGCGGUGUUCGCGGCGGCCGAGGGCCGGGAGCGGUUCGAGACGCGGGUGUCGGUGCUGGAGAACGGGCUGCGUGUCGCGUCCCAGAACAAGUUCGGGCAGUUCUGCACCGUGGGCCUUCUGGUAAACUCGGGAUCAAGACAUGAAGCGAAAUACCUCAGUGGCAUCGCCCACUUCCUGGAAAAGCUGGCCUUCUCCUCCACAGCUCAGUUUGGCAGCAAAGAUGAAAUUCUCCUCACCUUAGAAAAGCACGGGGGCAUCUGUGACUGCCAGGCAUCAAGGGACACCAUCAUGUAUGCUGUUUCUGCCGAGGCCCGAGGCCUGGACACAGUGGUCAACUUGCUGGCUGAUGUAGCACUCCGGCCCAGGCUGUCAGAUGAGGAAAUUGAGAUGACUCGAGCAGCAAUUCGAUUUGAGCUCGAAGACUUGAACAUGAGACCUGAUCCAGAGCCUCUCCUCACAGAAAUGAUCCAUGCGGCAGCCUACAGAGACAAUACAGUUGGACUGAACAGGUUCUGCCCAGUGGAAAACACAGACAAAAUUGGCCGGGACGUUCUGCAUUCCUACCUGAGGAACUACUACACGCCGGACAGGAUGGUGCUGGCCGGGGUGGGAAUCGAGCACGAGCAGCUGGUGGAGUGUGCCAGGAAGCAUCUGCUGGGAGUGGAGCCGGCGUGGGGCAGCAGCCAGGCCAGGGAUGUGGACAGAUCCGUGGCGCAGUACACAGGAGGCAUUGUCAAGGUUGAAAAAGAUAUGUCAGAUGUGAGCCUGGGCCCUACUCCCAUCCCAGAGCUUACCCACAUCAUGAUUGGGUUAGAAAGCUGCUCAUUUUUAGAGGAAGAUUUCAUUCCCUUUGCAGUAUUGAACAUGAUGAUGGGAGGCGGAGGUUCUUUUUCAGCUGGAGGGCCUGGCAAGGGCAUGUUCACCCGACUGUAUCUUAAUGUGCUCAACAGGCACCACUGGAUGUACAACGCGACCUCUUACCACCACAGUUACGAGGAUACAGGUCUCCUGUGUAUACAUGCCAGUGCAGACCCAAAACAGGUUCGAGAGAUGGUGGAAAUCAUCACAAGAGAAUUCAUUCUCAUGGCAGGAGCUGUAGGAGAGGUAGAACUGGAGCGAGCGAAGACGCAGCUGAAGUCCAUGCUCAUGAUGAACCUUGAGUCUCGGCCGGUUAUCUUUGAGGAUGUGGGCAGGCAAGUGCUGGCAACAAACACAAGGAAGCUACCUCACGAGCUGUGUGCCCUCAUCAGUCAAGUGAAAUCUACUGAUAUCAAGAGAGUGGUCACUAAGAUGCUCCACAAAAAGCCAGCUGUGGCUGCCCUGGGUGACUUGACAGAUCUGCCCACCUACGAGCACAUCCAGGCAGCGCUGUCCAGCAGGGACGGGCGGCUCCCACGGGUGUACCGGCUCUUCCGAUAGACCCUGCACGUGCCAGAGCCGCUGCCUUUUGAUAUGGUUUUGAGAUGAUAAUAUUGCUGCAAACCACUUCCCCUCUCUCCCCCAGUCUUUCCAGGCAGACUCUGCAAACAUGGAGCUAUGCUGCAGCUGAAAUAAACUGCUUCAGAGCACUGGGCUCUGAAGAGCUCGGUACCUUGGGCUUAAAGGCCCACCCUGGCUCUGGAUGAGUACUUUGACCCUCUGAGUAGGUUACAAGAGAGGAUGGGUGUAUAGAGCCUUCUCUUGGCACUGGGGAGAACACUGCAAGCCAAAAUGUCCAUCAUUACAACUGAAAGCAUGUAUCUGAGCAGAAGUCACUGCUGUGUGUUACCACUAAACCAUACCAGCAGCAGAAGCAGAGCGGGCACACUGGAGGCCCUGGUGUGUGCCCUUGUUGAGGAAUGGGGUGGCAUGGUAAGAGCUUGGCUUCUGUAUCUGAGUUAAAAGAAUAUUUAUAGCUGCUACCAAGGUGAACAAAGACUUGGUCAGACUGAA